UUUGUUUAAGUCCCUUCCCCUCGCCGUGUUUGACCUCCAAGAGUGAUAGUUACAGCUUGGUUUAGAGAGAGAAAACUGGAGAUUAGAUUAAUCGAUUCGAUUUCGAUAUCGAUAUAUAUCUUCUUCGUGUAUAUUUAUCGUACUGUUCGCAUAUAUGUAUAUAUAGGCGGUAUAUGCAUUUCGCGUAUUCUUACACUUCCUCUCUUUCACGCUCAGAUUCGCAUGAGAAAGUUUUACAGUUUGAUCGGUGAAAUUAGGCUAAAUAGUUGAUCGUUGAAGAAGAGGGAGAGGAAAAAAAAACAGAGAGAUGAGAGGCGCGAACAGCAACACGCUGGACACUAUAAGCGCGGCCGCGACUGCGAUCGCGUCGGCUGAGAAUCGUGUGCCCCAAGCUUCAGUUCAGAAAAGAAGGUGGGGAAGCUGCUUGAGCAUACCCUGGUGUUUUGGAUCUCACAAACAAACAAAGCGAAUUGGGCAUGCAGUUCUUGUUCCUGAAGCAACAGCCCCAGGAACAGAGGUUUCCAGUGCUGAAAAUCCAUCCCGAGCACCUUCCAGGGUACUUCCCUUCAUUGCCCCUCCCUCCUCGCCUGCUUCUUUCCUUCAGUCUGAACCCCCUUCUGGUUUUCAUUCACCCGCUGGAUCAGUUUCCUUUACCUCUAUGUCUAACUGCAUGUGCUCACCCGGGCCCGCCUCCAUGUUCUCUAUUGGACCUUAUGCACAUGAAACCCAGUUAGUCUCACCCCCCGUCUUCUCCACCUUCACCACUGAACCAUCCACAGCUCCUUUCACUCCUCCUCCCGAGUCUGUCCAGUUUACCACACCUUCCUCACCCGACGUUCCAUUUGCUAGGCUUUUUGACCCCAAUCACCAAAAUGGCAAAGCCGGUCAAAGAUUCCCUUUUUCCCAAUGCGAGUUUCAGCCUUAUCACCACCAUUAUACUGAAAAUCCUGUCAGCCACUUGACCUCACCCGGUUCAGGUAUCUCAGCUUCAGGAACCUCAUCUCCUUUUCGAAUUGGAGAUCCUCCCAAGCUCUGGAACCUUGACAAGCUGUCUGCACUUGAGUGGGGACCGCAGCAAGGAUCUGGUUCACUGACCCCUGAUGCUGUGGGACCCAGAUCUCAGGACAGUUUUCCUCUUGGCCAACAAAGUUCUUACCUCCCACCAUGCGCGAAUUCAUUAAAUGGACGCCGAAAUGGUGAAGUGACAUUUGAUCAUAGAGUAUCUUUUGAGAUUACAGCUGAAGAUGUUCUCAGAUGCUUGGCAAAGGAGCAAUCCAUGGCCAGGGCUAUGUCCCCACUUGUAGAGAAUGCAGAAGUUGCUGCUGUAGAGGAUGAAAAUUCAUCCGAGGUGCCUAAUAGUCAUGAGGUGGAGAAAGCUUCUGCCGAUGGGGAGGGUGGGUGUCGACUUCAGAAACAUCAGUCCAUAUAUCUUGGUUCUGUUAACGAAUUCAACUUUGAAAACCCAGAUGGGGGAGGAGACUCCGAUGAGCAUGUUGCUAUUGGUUCCGACUGGUGGUCCAAUGAGAAUGUACUAGUGGAGGGUGGACCUAAGAACUGGUCCUUCUUCCCUAUGAUUCAGCCAGGAGUCAGCUAACCAGGGAGUUUAGGUGGCUUGGUUUUUACAUCUUGGUUUUUACAUCUCCACCAGGCUAGCAGCAUUUUUGUCGACAAUUCUCAGGUCAAAUUGCAGGGAAUCGGGCUUUAAGCUGAAAGAGAUGCCUUGCUGAACUGACUAAUACUUGAAGGCUGUUUUUGAGCAAUUCACCGCCAGGCCAAUAUUUUGUUUAGACUGGAUAGUGCAUUACCCUCUUUUCCCUUUAGGUAAAAAGAUAUAGUAUAUAGUAUAUACUAACUGAAGGCUUAUACGUUCUUCUGUGUACUUUCUUUUCUCUUUCUUGGAAAUAUACAAGAUAGUUUACACCAA